AUGGAGUCUACAAAUUUCCAUCAUCUCCAAGACCAACAACCUCAUCUUCCUGUUUCUUCUUUAUCUUCUCCUAUCCCAUGUUCUUAUGCUGUUGGAGGAACCACCACCAUUCACUCUUGGACCCCAACAAACAUCACUUUGAAUAAUGCUGCAGGUAACUUCAACUCAAAUCUCCAAGAAGUUGAUCCGAGAUAUUCGAGAUCGAGCACUACGAUUCAAGAUUUAGGUUAUCAUCACCAUCAAUGGACAAAUGAUGAUGUUAAGGAAGAGAUUUCGUUUGCGAAUUUCCCUAAAUUUACUGAAAUGCUUAAUUACACUCCUCCUAAUUUAAACAUGGAGAACUAUGGAAUACUUGAAGAUUCUUCCACUACAAUACAAAUGAAGAAUAGUACUAAUGAUGAACACAAGGAUAUGAAUGCUCUCAUGCUCAAGAAUCUUUACACUGGUGGAGACUUUUAUAGUAAUCAAAAUUAUCCUAACAUUGGUAAUCAGACUCAGAUUCACCCUAGUAUAAAUAUCUCGAACUUGAAUCAUUACUCGUCCUCGUCUACGACGUCAACCUUGGAUAUGAACAUGCAGUCAUUAGAUCUAUUAAGUAGUUCACAAGAUCAUCAUCUUGGUAGAUUCACUACUAAUGAUCAUGAAAACCUUUCGUUUCAUCUUCAUCCUAUGCAGAACCAACUCGCAAACAGAUCCUCUUCUAGUAACUCCAUUAAUAAGCCGUCGCUACUCGGCAAUGGUGGCGGAGAAACAAAGAGAGUGAUGCAAUCGAAGGCUUCUCAAUCUGAAACCGCGUUGAAGAAAUCACGAUCUUCAUCAGAAUCACGACCGCCUUCGUGUGCACCCUUUAAGGUUAGGAAAGAAAAAUUAGGAGAUAGAAUUGCGGCUCUUCAGCAGUUAGUGGCUCCUUUUGGAAAGACUGACACUGCAUCUGUACUCAUGGAAGCUAUCGGAUACAUUAAAUUCCUUCAAGGCCAAGUAGAGACACUGAGUGUUCCCUAUAUGAAGUCAUCGCAAAACCAAAACAACAGAUUGAUGCAAGGGGAUUUGGCCAUAGGUGACACAAAUGGAGAACCAAAGCAAUAUCUGAGAAGUCGAGGCCUCUGUCUGGUGCCAUUGUCAUGCAUGUCAUACAUAGCAGGUGAUGGCAGCAGUGAGGUGUGGCAACAACGCCCGAACUUUGGGGGACCAACUUGA